ACCGUCCAGAAUGCCGCCGUCAAGAGAGGCCUUUUCGGAUAAUGUUCCACCGAGGCAAGCUUCCCAACGGGCACCGACUACGGUCACCGCACCGGCUGCUCAGACCCAGCAGGCGAAGGCUACCGGCCCGGGGUGGGGUCCUAAAUUGCUGGCGCUGAAGAGUGCUGGAUUCCCAAAUCCAAGGCAGAAUCUGGAUGCGCUCAAGAUGUACGAUGGAGAUGUUGAAAGGGCAAAGGCGUACUUGUCGGGAGGGCAGCCAAGUCCCGUUACCGCUCAAGCGUCAACGAACCCCUUUGCCGACCAGACUGCGGUUUCAGCUCCGGUCAGCAACAACCCCUUUCCUUCGCAGCGUGUGACGACAAACCCAUCAGAUCCGUUCCCAUCUCAACCUACUGGGUCUACGGUUGCUUCAAGUUCCUCAGACCUGUUCAGUGCCUUCGCUUCGUCAGCACCGUCCACCACGACGACAGCAAGCAAUCCUUUCCAAAGUUCAAAUCCGUUCCCUUCACAAGCAAACCAACUAGCACCGCCCGUGUCGGAUAAGAAAUCCGCGAUCUUGUCUCUCUACAAUCAGGCGCCCGCGCAGCCUAUGUACGGCUAUCCACCACAGCAGCAACAACAGCAGAUGUAUGCCGCACCCCAGCAGGCAUACGGACAGAUGCAGCAACCGAUGGGGCAGAAUCCCUUUGGUCAGAUGGCGGGGAUGAAUAUGCAUCCACAGCAGCCGCUGCCUCAGCAGGGUGGACAGCCAUGGUAUGCCCAGCCUCAACAGCAGAUGGGAGGUGCUCCGCAGCAGCAAUGGGGACAGUACGGAGGACAGCAGCAGCAGCAACAACAACAGCAGGGUGGACAGCAAGGACCUUUCUUCUAACAUAGGUAGGAUAGCGAUAGCGACUUGAUAUUCAUGAUACCAUUGAUUUAAUCAUUAUAUACCGGUA